CAUUUAAUACCAAAUAAAUUUCAUAAGAGGGAGGCAUGCUGACUGUGCUACAAUAAAUUUCAUUUGAGAGGCAUGCUGACUGUCACGCGAGUCCUUGGGUAUUAGGAUAUCUCUACGUCAGUUUAAUCAAGUUACAUAAAGAUAACAACCGGUUUAUAUCAAGAGUAAAUAGUUUAAUUUGAAAUACGACUUCAUAAUGUCAACGUGCGUUGAUGUGAUCGAUGAGCAAGUACCAUCUGAGUCAGCUGUGGAAGAAGACGAAAUCUCAUUGACGGAGAGUCAAAAUGGUCAGAACGGCGAACGCGUUGGCAAUACGUUCUUUGUUUCUCGGCCUAUAUACAACAAGUCAGACUUUUAUAAUAGUUAUGAUCAUGAUCCAAACAGGGACAAAGCUUUUCGAGAAAAAUUAGGAAAACUUCGACCUAAUGUCAACUGUAAGAUUGUAGCUAAGGUUUUGUUAUCGUUUAUUCCUGUAAUCUCAUGGCUAUCAAAAUAUCAGCUACGAAAGAAUUUACCAAUGGACAUUGCCGCUGGAUUAACUGUUGGGGUGAUGAAUAUUCCGCAAGGCUUGGCGUACGCGUUGCUGGCCUCUCUUUCUCCCAUUGUUGGUCUGUACACUUCAUUUGUACCAGUUCUGAUUUAUUUUUUUCUUGGAACGUCAAAACAUCUAGCUGUGGGGACUUUUGCAAUUAUAUCCACUAUGGUCGGGGAAGUGUGCGAUAGGGAGCUUGGUGUUUCGUCUGGUAAAAUUGCUGAAGAUGAAUCACGAAAGUUAGAAAUUGCAACAUCGCUGACUUUAUUGGUUGGCAUAAUUCAGGCUGUGAUGGGUCUAGCUCACCUUGGUUUUGUAACAGUCUAUCUGUCGCGACCUCUUGUCAGCGGUUUUACCACGGGAGCCGCUUUUAUUGUCUUUACCAGUCAAGUGAAGUACUUUUUUGGCCUUGAUCCUCCUCGAUACCCUGGUGUAUUAGCUCUUCCAAAAACAUAUAUUUACAUUUUCAAGAAUAUAUCGCGUACAAAUUUUGCAGCUCUUACGACUGGAGUGAUUUGUAUCCUUAUAUUAAUUUCAGUGGAUUACCUUAAUCGACGAUAUCAGUCUCGCCUACCAUUUCCAAUACCAUCACAACUUAUUGUCAUAAUAAUUGGAGCAUCUGUUUCUCAUGCUGCAAAUCUUAAUGAUAAAUUUGACUUAUCAAUCAUUGGAAGUAUACCGAAAGGUUUUCCACCAGUUGCAGUUCCAAAACUUGACCGUUUUGGAAACCUCAUCACAGAUGCAUUUUUAAUUGCAAUUGUAGCUGCUACCACCAAUUUAUCUCUUGUGAAGUUAUUUGCUCAAAAACAUGAAUAUAAAACUGAUAGUAACCAAGAGUUGUUGGCUUAUGGUAUUGUAAAUGUUUCUGGCUCUUUCUUCUCGAGUUUCGUAUCUUCGGGAUCUUUAUCACGAUCGGUUGUGCAAGAAGGAAUGGGAAAAACGCAGAUCGCUAGUUUUGUGUCAAGUUUUGUUAUUCUAUUAGUCUUGCUAUUUAUUGCACCGUUAUUCGAGCCGUUGCCCAAACCAGUCUUGGCUGCUAUAGUCGUCGUAUCUCUUCGUAGGCUAUUUCUGCAGUUUCAGCAAUUGAAGAGUAUUGGUAUUAUUUCGUUAGUUGAUGGCAUCGUGUGGUUUGCCACUUGUUUCUCGGUUGUUCUCCUUGGUAUUGUCUUUGGAUUAAUUGUUGGUUUAGGUAUAACUUUAUUGUCUAUAAUAUAUCGAUCUUCGCAAGCAAAGUUAAGAACUUUAGGUCAUGUUCGAAACACUGAUCUCUAUCAAGAUCGUGAACAAUGUCUAUGUACAAAAUCAUACAAAGGCAUCGUAAUUUUACAAUUUCAAGGUGCAUUAAUCUUUGUGAAUGCAGAGAAACUUGUCGAUGACGUAAUUGAAAUAAUACGUGAAAAGAAUUCGUCACCAAAACUUGGAGAUAAAGUAACUGUUAGUGUUAGUGCUGAUUCAGAGGUUCUUUCAAACUACAUGGUUGAAGCUGUUGUUUCUGAAGGUGAAAAACAAGUAAAGGUGAAAAUGAUCAGAAGUUUAAACCCUAUGGCGACUAUUAAUGAAGGAUCGGAUGACUUUAUUGCAGCAACGACUUCCGAGGAAAAUCAGCCUUCAAAUAUUUCGGAGUUAAAUAUUUCACCUGAAAAAAAAGACUCCAAAAAAAUUCAUAGUGUGAUACUUGAUCUUUCACCCGUGACAAUGAUUGAUUAUGUUGGACUACUCUGUCUUCGUCAGGUUGUUGAGAAGAGCAAAGACUUUAAUGUUGAAGUAUAUUUAGCUGGUUGCUCUUAUUAUCUUCAAAGACAUUUCGCCAGAGAGGAAUUUAUGAAGAGUUACGUUGAGGAAAAGUCUUUUGUCUCUGUUCACGAUGCUGUUUUAAAUUGUCGACGAAAAAAUUUAAGAAUAAAAGGCUUGAAUCACGACUCUUCUGUAUCAAGGCCACAGGAAGUAGAAUCGCCUGUAACUACAAAUGUUCGUUUGGAUGACGAGUAAUCAGUAUAACAGGACGGUGUUCAGAAAUUAGGUUUUCAUAUGCUCUAUUUUUACCGAGCUUCAAAGUAGUUAAUAAUUGAAAUUGCUUUAUUGAAAACAAAUGAAAAAUAAGGAAUUGUGAGAAAAGGUAUAUAUUUUUACUUAGAUUUUUAUGAACUCUAAAUUAGAAAUUAAUAUAUAUAUGUAUUUUAUGAGAUUUACAUUAAAAUACAAGCGAAAGAUUGUACAGUGCUGUACGAGGUCCUGCGUUCGGCAAAAUAGAUUACAACUGUGCAUUCUUUGAUAUAAUUACAUUUUAAAAUCAUCCUAA